CUGCACCAGAGCAGCUUCGAGUGCCAACAACAUGAGGUGGUAGUGCAAAGCAGGAGCUACCAUGUCGCCUCAAAAGCCAGAGAUGUUCUGAAACAGAACCCUCCAUCCCUGGAAUUCUCUGUCCAUUGGUUACAGCUGUGCCAACACAGGGAAGGAACAACCAUGGCAGCACUUCUUUACAGUGCUCGGCUUCAUUUGGAUGACAAUCUGGAACAGAUGCAGCAAGGGACAAUGAUGCGCAAGGUGAAGUCCAAGAACUGGAAGAAACCGCGGUACUUCAAGCUGCAGGAUGACUGCAUGACCAUUUGGUACAAGUCCAAGAAGACUGGAAAUGCCAAGUCUGCUUUUUCAGUGAGCGACGUGGAGACUGUGCGUGAGGGACACCAAUCAGAGGUACUUCAAAGCCUAGCUGAGGAAUUCCCACCUGAGUGCUGUUUCACCAUUGUCUUCCAUGGGCGUCGUGGCAACCUGGACCUAAUUGCUAGCUCUGCUGAAGAAGCUCAGUUUUGGAUCAAGGGCCUGCGACGCCUUGUGGAAGUGGUAACUAACAUGGAUCAGAAGGAAAAGAUAGAUCAAUGGAUCUGUGAUUGGUUCCAAAAAGCUGAUAAGGACAAGGAUGGGCGCAUGAACUUCAAGGAGGUGCAGCACUUGCUCAGGUUGAUGAAUGUGGACAUGAAUGAAGACCAUGCUUUCCGGCUAUUCCAGAUGGCCGACAAAUCUGAGACCGGAACACUGGAAGGGGAGGAGUUUGUGCUAUUCUACAAAGCACUAACUCAGCGAGAUGAGGUGCUCAAGAUCUUUCAGAAUUACUCCAAGGAUGGCAAGAAGCUGACACUGCUGGAGUUUGUGGACUUCUUGAAGCAGGAGCAGAUGGAAAGCAUUGGUGUUAUGGGGUUGGCCAUGGAGCUGAUUGACAGAUACGAGCCAUCUGAGACAGCUAAGACUCGCCACGCCCUGACCAUAGAUGGAUUCCUCAUGUAUCUGUGCUCGCCAGAUGGCUCCAUCUUCAACCCUGAGCACAGGAAGGUCUUCCAGGACAUGUCGCAGUCCCUCUGCCAUUACUUUAUCUCCUCUUCUCACAACACAUACUUGAUGGAGGACCAGCUGCGAGGGCAGAGCAGCAUUGAGGGAUAUAUCAGGGCUCUGAAGCGUGGCUGCCGAUGUCUAGAGGUGGACUGUUGGGAUGGACCUAAUGGGGAGCCCAUUGUCUACCAUGGCCAUACUUUCACCUCUAAGAUUCCAUUCCGGGAAGUAGUGUCAACUGUUGAGAAAUAUGCCUUCCAGGUUUCUGAUUACCCCAUCAUCCUGUCCAUUGAGAACCACUGCAGCAUAGAGCAGCAAGAUGUCAUAGCACAGCAGCUGAAAAGCAUUCUGGGAGAGCAGCUACUCAUCACCACCAUUGAUGGGCGAAUCCCUGUGCAAUUGCCUUCACCCGAGGAACUGAGAGGCAAGAUCAUUCUGAAGGGGAAAAAGAUUGGAUGCCUGGAGGAUUCUCUGAAUGGGCAGCCAGAUGAGGAACCUGAGGGAGAGGAUUCUGAGGAGGAGGAAGAGGCAGAGGAGGAAAUCCUGCGCAAUGAAGCCAAAAAGAAAGAGAAGAAAUCCAAGCAGACCCUCUCUGAGGAGCUUUCGGAUUGUAUUAUCUACUGCAAGAGUGUGCCCUUCUCUAGCUUCCAACACUCCCGCAGCCACUACAAGCCCUAUGAGAUGUCAUCUUUCAAAGAAUCCAAGGCCCACAAACUCAUCCGAGAGGCUGGGAAUGACUUUGUCCGCCAUAAUGCUUGGCAGCUGACACGAAUCUAUCCCAGCGGGAUCCGAGCCGACUCCUCCAAUUUCAACCCCCAGGACAUGUGGAAUGUGGGGUGCCACAUGGUGGCCUUGAAUUUUCAAACAGCUGGUACAGAGAUGGACUUGUAUGAUGGGCUCUUCAGUCAAAAUGGCCACUGUGGCUAUGUGUUGAAACCAACCUUCAUGCGGGAUACAGAGACAUAUUUUAGCCCUGAUAACCCCCAAAGUAGGGGGGACAGUGCUCUGAGCUUAGUCAUUCAGGUGAUUAGUGGUCAGCAGCUCCCCAAAGUGCCCAACAGCAAAGAAGGCUCCAUUGUGGAUCCACUGGUGCGGGUGGAGAUUCAUGGGAUUCCAGCUGAUAAUGCCAAGCGGGAGACCAAAUAUAUUGAAAACAAUGGGUUUAACCCACAAUGGGGUGAGACUCUUCACUUCCAAGUGAGGGUACCAGAGCUAGCACUUGUGCGCUUUGUGGUGGAGGACUAUGACAAGGCAUCGCGGAAUGACUUUGUGGGGCAGUACACAAUCCCUCUUACUAGUGUCAAAGCAGGAUACCGCCACAUCCACCUUCUUUCCAAGGAUGGCACAGGGAUCACACCAGCAUCUCUUUUUGUCCACAUCCGAAUGGUGGAUUUGUCCACUGAGAUUGACUAGAUCACGUUGCUACCCCUCAGAGUGCAACUCUUCUCUUUCCUACCAGUAGCUGAGGGAAGAGUGGACAAGAACCUUGUGGAAAGACACCACAGCACUCUGCCUGCCUUCUUCUGCUCUUCCUUGGAAGGACUGGACUGGAGAGAAGAUGCUACUUUGCACUACUAUACUGUUUAUUUUUUUAAAAAAUAAUUUUGCUAUUUUUUUUACAUUGUGAUUUGCACAGAUUACCAAAUCCUUCAAUACGACGUACCAUCCAAGUCUGCUUAUUGCUGUGGUUCACUUAUAUCAAAUCUACCUCCAUUGUGCACCAAGAACAAGUUAGGCUGCUGUACGUUGGAAAUAAACUUGCACCCAGGCAGACAUGUCUCUUCAACAGUAUGAGUUCCUUCAGCAACCUUGCCUACUAAACCAGGACAAUAGAGCAUCUUUUUGUUUGAGUUCUGCUUCAGCAUUUCUCAUUGGGUCAUGGAAGUCGGACUGGACUGGCUGCAAUCUUUGAAGCAGGGUCAGCCAGCAGACAAAUCAAACUGUUUUUGGAAGUGUCUGGCCCCAAUACAACAAUACAUGAGCCAAAGGGCUCCAGCCAGCUGCUGCAAAAGGGUCCCUCCACAAACCAGAGCAAGAGUGACAUGCCUGUGCAUCUGUGCUUUUUGAUUCAUGCAAAUUUAUCACAACAGUCUAAAAAGCAAAGGAGUUCUGUUUCUCUGUAGUCCUGUACCACUUGUAGAUCUAUCCUGGCUUACAUUGAAGUUUCCAAUGGUAACAUGUAUGCAUAAUAGAGGCAUUGCUCAUCAAAAUCCACAUAUGAAUUUGCUAAUGAUGCUGACUAGUGAAGGCCGUUCAUGUGUACAGCUGGAAAUCGUGAUGGAACAUCAAGCGUAGUACUAUGGGUGCUUCUGUGAAUAUGCAUCUGCCCUCAAGCAAUCAGGAACUAUGAAGGGCAUGGAGCAUUAAUUUCUUGAGGACUACCUUCAGAAUGGAAAAAUGGACAAACUCUUCUUUUCUGCCCUAUGAGACUGCCUUUCUGAUCAAACAUCUGAUGACCAAGGAACUCCCAACAGUUGCCUACUGUUUUUAUAUGGAAAACUACAUAGCGUAAGCUGGGUCUGAGACAGCCUUUCUUAUCCCAGCUAAGAUACGUCUGGAUCAAAGGAAUUUUUUCGUGAGAUAAAUUACCUGGUGUUCUACAAAGAUGUCAAAAACAUAGCCUCCCUAAAUGUUUCUCAUCAUGAUGCUCUACACACAUUUACCCAUUUAACUGUGUAUAUCAAUUCAACCUUGCCUGCUUGCUCACAGCCGGGUUUGUACUCUUCAGCUUUAGCCUGAUUCUGCAACAUCUAAACCCAACUGCUUUAAAACUCUCGCUGACAAAAUGUUCAAGGGAAGUGAAAGAGAUUGUGAGCUCUUUGCCACAAAGGAGCAAGGCUGGUGACAAUCUCAUGGGGGACAUUUACUGGGUGAAAAAGGUAGCAGGGGGUAGCAGCACAGCCCUGAGAGUGGAAAACCAACAAGCAAGUUAGCCAAGAGGAAAAGAGGCAUGUGGUACUCCAAAAAUUGUGCUUCAUUUUAAGUUGCUGGACAUUGCUCCAAGUCUAUUGAAAUGCAACUGGUAUGGAAAUGGCACUGCAACUAUGAAAGAUGCUACAAACGUAUCUACAAAGAUUCUGCUUGGCUACAGCAGUACUCAUAGAAUCAUAGAGUUGGAAGAGACCCCAAGGGUCAUCAAGUAUUUGUCUGUUGGAUCCAAUCAUCUUGCUUUGCUCUUUCCCUAUGCCAAAGCCAUUUUCUCAACACAGAUAUUCCUACUCUGUUCAAAACUCCUCUUUUGCUUAUCUCAGGUAUCUUUACAGAUGCAAUAUAUUUAGCAAUGUAUGAAAUGCCAUUCUCUUCCAAAUACUGUUUCGCCUCCUUUGCACAUCUGGGGGCUCAGGCCUUUACAGAUCAGUUUAUCUAAAUAAAAAUAGUAGUU